AUGAAAAACAAGAAGUAAUUCCACCAUUUAGAAGAUGAGUCAAGUUUCACUUUAAUUGACUAGUAAGAAGAUGUAUCGAUGAGGUGACUAAUGUUCUCUUUAUUCGUGUACACACAGUCAUUGCCCCCUAAGAUGUACCCACUUGGUGUUCAUAAACCAACAAUGAGGGCUAGGUUACUUCUCGUCGUUUCCUUCGUAGUCAAUUUCAAAAUUCAUCACAGUUCCAACACUGUUUUCCUGCAAAAAUUUAUGCAGUUUAAUCUAACUUCUCCAGGGGAAGAGACUUUUUCACCAACAGAUUCGAGACCAGAAGCAAACUCAAGCGAUACCUCUAAUGACUCUAACGUUCCUACGUUCGACCUUGGGCACUCUCCCGUUUGUCCAAGCGAGAUGAACAUAUUUUGGCAACUGAGGCCACCGUUCACUUCGGAAAGAAAUGAUAGCAAAGAUAAACCGACUGAUGGGAUUUUCCAUCAAGCUUUAGAUUUCGCCUUAGGCGAGUGCUGCCAAUUUUACAGGGGAAAUAAACCUGUAAUGCGUUACUUAGAAAUGACCGAUAAUUCGACUUCGCUUCGCAGCCAUAUUCUCGCAGAUGAAACGAGCUUGGUGUUUCCCGUACAAGAAGAUUGGUUCAUAGGUCGUAUGCUCUACAUUAAUGUAUUGGAUUCUCCUGGAGUUGUUUUGAUUCGAAGAGAAACUUUUUAUUCAACGGAGAGAAGAACUCAGCUGUUGAAAGCGAUUUUUGGAACGUGGCCUAUCGUAAUUUUAAGCCUUUUGUUAUCGUCUGUUGCUGGAAUCUUCAUAUGGAUGUUGGAAACUAGAACAAACAAAGAGGAGUUUGGUCGUCCUUUCUACCGUGGAGCUUUUGAUGGAUUCUGGUGGGCGUUUGUCACCAUGUCAACAGUCGGAUAUGGUGAUAAAACCCCAAAGUCAAUAGGUGGCAGGUUGUUUUCUGUGGUAUGGAUUAUAACUGGAAUCACUGUAUGCUCUGUACUGACUGCCACACUUGCAAGUGCUUUGACGAAUGUCACAGUGGAAAGAUAUGAUGUCACCGCAACAAAAACCAUUGGCGCUCAGAAGGAAAGCUUUGCCUUUAAGCAAGCUGUAAACCUCGGAGCAAACGUUGCAGAAUUUGAAAACCUUCAGGAAGCGUUCUUUUCUUUGGAAAACGGAUCUGUAGAAGGUAUUUUGGAGGAAAUGUUCACCGGGAUUGAGUUUAUGAAACGGAAACGUAAUGAAGGAUUAUCGGUUGCUCAAGUGUUUGAAAGACAACACUACUACGGUGCAGGAAUAAAAAGGGAUGGCUUCAGUGCUAAGGUGUUGGACUGCCUACAAAAAGUCGUCAACUUUGUCUCUGAGGAUAUCUAUUCCAAUACAAGCAGACUUCUUAAAUCUUUCAAACAUUUUGACGAGUCCUCUUCUCAGAUGAGUGAAACACCUACCGAUUCAGCCAACCAAAACUACAAUGGCCUAUUUGAUCACAGUUCUGUAUCAUUUAAAGCAACGGUUAUCGGAAUUUCUGUUACCCUAGUUCUGUUCAUGACCUGCUCCUCUGGGUUUGCGGGGAUCAAGCAUCUACGACGAAAGAUAUCAAAGGAACCAGUUGACUUAGAAGCUGGAGUAAAAUGAGGUUUCAUUUUUAUUCAAGGCUAUGUACAGGGUAUUUCUUUACAAGAUAUGA